GUGAGAUGGACGGCUAUAUAAAUUUGCUAAAUGAAAUAAUAAAAUAAACAAACUAGUUUGAUGAGAGGGGAGGGCAAAUGUUGAAAUUCAGGACUAGCUGGAUUUCUCUUUGCAGCCAUUUCCAACUCAGUCAUCCCGCCAGCAUCUGUCUCUCCCCGUCUGUUGCUCCGUGUGGUCCAGAACCCACAUCUACAACAGCUGGAUUUGCUGGAUGAAAGGUUUACAUUUUAUUUAGUUCUUCAGCAGCUCUGCGGAGCCUGAAGAUGCUUUCAUUGAACUCCGAGAUAUGCCUGCUUGCAACUGACCUUCCAUCCCGGCCUCCGGUCAUCCUCAGCUCAUCUAACGUUUCAUCUCAGAAGAUGACUCUGAACCUCCAACGUGGAAACAGCAUGAGUCCUUGCCACCGGCGGGCCAGCACCCCACUUCCUGGGUCUCAUUCGGAGAGGCCGAGCCCUCGGACCAGGCAGGCUGAGCCCUGCCACCCGCAGCUGGGACACUCCUCGUCCUGCGAGCCCCGGGCCUGCCUCCCGGAGCCCUGUGGCGGCUGGCUGUCCGAGUCCUCCAGCUCCGAUGAGUCGUGUGAAUCCCUCUACCGUGUGGUGCUUCUCGGCGAUCCCGGGGUGGGCAAGACCAGUUUGGUAAACCUCUUUGCCGGGGUUCAAGAAAAGGACUCGCUGGAACAGCAGAGAGAGGACACCUAUGAGCGUACCUUGUCUGUGGAUGGGGAGGAGACCACGCUGGUGGUGAUCGACACUUGGGAGGCUGAAAAGCGGUCUUCGGAGGAAGACAACUGGCUGCACAAUUACUGUAUGCAGGUGGGCAACGCCUACGUCAUUGUCUACUCCAUCACGGACCGGGGCAGCUUUGAGAGCGCAUCGGAGCUCCGCAUCCAGCUCCGCCGGACCCGGCAGGCAGAGAACAUUCCCAUUAUCCUCGUGGGGAACAAGACUGACCUGGUGCGCUCCCGAGAAGUCUCUGUGGAAGAAGGCCGGGCUUGCGCCGUGGUCUUCGACUGCAAAUUCAUCGAGACCUCCGCCGCCCUCCAGCACAACGUGACCGAACUCUUUGAGGGGGUGGUGAGGCAGAUCCGCCUGCGGCAGGACAGCAAGGAGGCCAACGAGCGGCGCAUGUCACUCUACAAGCGCAAGGAGAGCCUCACCAAGAAGGUGCGACGCUUCCUGGACCGGCUGGUGGCUCGCAACAACAAGAAGGUGGCUCUGAAGGUCCGUUCCAAGUCUUGCCAUGACCUCUCUGUGCUGUAAGGGCAUCAGAUGCCCUCCUCCACUCUCCCCUCUUGCAUGGCUGAGGGGUCGUCUUGGUCUUCCUUCCCAGGCCUACCCACGGCUUUGCAAACGCUCUUCUUCGUUGGGGGUGGGACCUUCAAACAGGCAAAAAGAACGGUGGGCAGCGGCGUCCUCUGAGCUGAUUGGGGCCUGGAACCGUUCAGAGGAGGCGCACCUUGGGUCAACUGACCGGCCAACCAGCGCUUGGGACAGCUGAGGAAGGCCAUGUGAUAAAGCAAGGCUUUCCGGAAAGCGAUGGUGGAAUCUGGUUGAUGAACACGAGCAGGGAGUAACAGCACGACGUGGGCCCUAACCCUAUCUGCUCCACUUCGCUCACAAGGCUUUUGAUUUGCCCUCCGGGCUCUGUGGGGCUGUCCGCUAUCUUUCAGAUUCAGGCCAGUGGCUUAAUGCCAGGCUUGGUCAGGAAUGAAGCUGGCUGCUUGGUAGAUGACCGUCGCUGGCCCUGGCAUGGACCGAUAAGCCGGAUGAGAAAUAGGCUGCAGGGACAACUUCUGAAAUACGGCUUUGUCUUGCAUUGUAAUUAGCUGAACAUUCCCUCUCGCAAAUGGUACUUCCAGGGUUCCAGCAAAGCACCCAAAAUUCUGUACUUCGAAAGUUGCUUUUUUCUUGGGACAAGGAAAGGCAGAAGCUGGACUUCCCUUUCGGUACGAGAGAACUUUAAACACAGAUCUCCAAAAGGAGCAACACGCUGCCCUCCGGGUUAAGGCGAGACCAGCUUCACCCGGGGCAGCUGGCUGGGGGAAUAUGAGUGUAUUUUUCUGUUUCUAACACAAAAGAUGACAGGGAAAGAGUGUGGCUUCUGGCUAAGGAUGCAGGCUCUGGCAUAUGCUCUGUCUUUAGCCACAGUCGCAGAAUUGAGAGCGAGCAAGAGUUAGGGUCAGCUUUGGGGGAGGCUGGAGGUUGGCUAAUUUGGGCUUUUAACCUCAGCCUCCUGCCCACCUACGUAUUUUGCUCCCUAAAGUCUUAAUGCUGCCUUGGAAUAAAUGCCACAGCUGGCUUAUUUCAUGCCUGGUGGGGAAGAUGAGGGGGUAACCCAACGCUUCUGGAGGCAUCAGACUGGGGAGGGCUACCUCAAGCCAUUGCUGUUUGUUUCUCUAUCAAGCCAUGGUGGCUUGUUACUCACCAAGGGGAACUGGUGACAUCAUCUUGAGAUAACUGAGAUGGGGGGGGUUGAGAGUUUAGAAGGAGCACUUUCGGUGAAUGGGUCCUCUCUCCAAUUGAGAACAGACACGGAGACUGAGAAAUGGCACAGAGCAUUUUUGCACUCUUGAUUUAGAGCAGUGUUUUUCAAAUCUUGGGCACUUUAAGAGGUGUG